AUGGGGCGCGGCAAGGUGCAGCUGAAGCGGAUAGAGAACAAGAUAAACCGGCAGGUGACCUUCUCCAAGCGCCGGAACGGGCUGCUCAAGAAGGCGCACGAGAUCUCCGUCCUCUGCGACGCCGAGGUCGCCGUCAUCGUCUUCUCCCCCAAGGGCAAGCUCUAUGAGUACGCCACCGACUCCCGCAUGGACAAAAUUCUCGAACGUUAUGACCGAUAUUCCUAUGCUGAAAAGGCUCUUAUUUCAGCUGAAUCUGAAAGAAAUUGGUGCCACGAAUACAGGAAACUGAAGGCUAAAAUUGAGACCAUACAAAAAUGCCACAAGCACCUGAUGGGAGAGGAUCUAGAGUCUUUGAAUCCCAAAGAGCUCCAACAACUAGAGCAGCAGCUGGAGAGCUCACUGAAGCACAUCAGAUCAAGAAAGAGCCACCUUAUGGCGGAGUCUAUUUCUGAGCUACAGAAGAAGGAGAGAUCAUUGCAGGAGGAGAACAAGGCUCUACAGAAGGAACUUGCAGAGAGGCAGAAGGCGGCCGCGAGCAGGCAGCAGCAGCAGCAGCAGCAGCAGCAGCAGCAGGUGCAGUGGGACCAGCAGACACAGACCCAGGCCCAGACAAGCUCAUCAUCAUCCUCCUUCAUGAUGAGGCAGGAUCAGCAGGGACUGCCGCCUCUACAAAACAUCUGCUUCCCGCCGUUGACAAUCGGAGAGAGAGGUGAAGAGGUGGCUGCGGCGGUGCAGCAGCAGCAGCCUCCGCCAGGGCAGGCGCAGCAGCAAGCGCAGCUCCGCAUCGCGGGUCUGCCGCCAUGGAUGCUGAGCCACCUCAAUGCAUAA